UUCGGUCUUGGGGGAAGGAGGGAGGGCAGGGAAAGUGCUGCAAUUUGGGGUGUUUCUUAAAAUAGCAGUUGGGAAGAGGAAGAGAGAGGAGAGAGCCAGCAAGAGGAGAGUGAAGAGGGAGAGAGACAGGGUAAGAAAACAAAUACCCGACCCAAAACCCUGGGACAAGAGGUGCGGCAGGACCACCUCUCAGCGAGGGACCGACGGCAGCUCCGCUCCGGACGCAGCCCGCCGCCCUGCCCGCCGCCAGAAGUGGCUCUCCCCGGGAGGACCCGGGGCUCCUCCGCCGGAGUUGGAGGUGGGCUUCAACUUUUGCUCGCUGUCUCCGCCGCCGUCACCCCGCGGUCCCGCCGGGGGCUUCUCCCCGCGGCAGCGCAUCCCCGUGGCGGGUGGGGAAGGCUACCCCGCGCGGCCCGGCCCCACCAUGACUUCCAAAGAAGAACCCAAGCCCUCCUCGGGGGAAGAACGGCGGCGGAGCCCCUUGGAUCACCUCCCACCGCCGGCCAACUCCAACAAGCCCCUCACCCCCUUCAGCAUCGAGGACAUCCUCAACAAGCCCUCAGUGCGGAGGAGUUACACCCUCUGCGGAACAGCCCACCUCCUCUCCGCCGCCGAGAAGCACCCCCCGGCCGGGCUGCCCCUCUCCGGCCGGGCGCUGCUCUCCCAGACCUCGCCCCUGUGCGCCCUAGAAGAGCUGGCCAGCAAGACCUUCAAGGGGCUGGAAGUCAGCGUGCUGCAGGCGGCAGAAGGCAGGGACGGGAUGACGAUCUUCGGGCAGCGGCAAACGCCGAAGAAGCGUCGAAAGUCACGGACGGCCUUCACCAACCACCAGAUCUACGAGCUGGAGAAGAGGUUCCUCUACCAAAAAUACCUGUCACCGGCGGACCGGGACCAGAUCGCCCAGCAGCUGGGGCUCACCAAUGCCCAGGUCAUCACCUGGUUCCAGAACCGCCGCGCCAAGCUCAAGCGAGACCUGGAGGAGAUGAAGGCCGACGUGGAAUCGGCCAAAAAGCUGGGCCCCAACCCCGCCGUGGACAUCGUGGCCUUGGCCGAGCUGGAGCCCAGCGCCGAGGGAAGGGGCAAGGCGAGGUCCGGUUCCCCCCCGCCGCCCCCCGCCGCCUCCCGGGAUCCCGCCGCCCCGCCGCCGCCCCGCCCCACCUCGCCCCCCACGGAGCGGCCCCGCAGCCGCCGGGACAGCGAGGAGGAGGAGGAGGAGGAGGAAGAGGAGGACGUGGAGAUCGACGUGGAUGACUGAGGGGCGGCCGGCUGGCCUCCCCCCCCAGCCACCACCAUUUCUCCCCCGUCCCGUCCCGCUCCCCCCAGCAUCACCCCGACAGCUCCAAAUUGACACCCCUGGUCCCCCAUCCCGGCCCCGGCAGCGCGGCGGGGCGGCUGCUCCCCCUCGGUCGGAGCAAUAAGCAAUAGAAACCCACCACAGACACACAUGCACACGAAAAUUAAUUUAGGGUAGAGUCGAUGUCCCUCCGCCUGUCACAUCUUCGGAAUGGUGCAAUUACGGACGGCUUCUGUAUAAAUAUUUAAACGUAUAUAUUGGAUUUUUUUUCCUCCCCCCCUUCUUUUUGAGGUUUUGAUUAUCUUUUUUUUUUUAAAAAAAUAGGUAUCAAUGACGAUUAUUUUGUCUGUAACGGAGACGCGUAACCUUGGAAUAAACUCGGCUUCAAACAGAUGUUUGGAUAGGCAGUUGUUUUCAGACACUUCUGAAAUGAACCACUUUAGAGGAGAUUUAAGUUAGACUUAAAAGGGCAACAGCGAAAAUUAGCCACUUUCCUUUCCUUGCAUGUUUCAGAUGUGCACGAAGUAAUUUUUUUCCUUUAAAAUAUUUUUUUCUUUUGCAAUCUUGGGAACUUGGGGAUGGGUUAUAAUGCAAGUUGGCAAAUAUAUACUUUCUUUUUUUCCUAGAGCAUAGAGAUUUGUCUCCAAUGCAAUUUCUGCCUCAUUUUACCAAUUAAAAGCUAUUUUUACCAUUUUCUGCUAUUGUUGUGCUUUUAUUAAAAAGCUGCCUUUCGUAUUUUUUAUAUGAAGGUGGUAACAAAAAAAAAAAAAAAGAAAAUGAAAAAAAUCCUAGAAUUAUUUUUUACUCUUUUUAGAAUUUU